AUGAGAAGCGACCUACCUGACUCGCCCGACUGGGGCGACAGUGAUGCUGAGCUUGAUGCUGAGCUUGCAGGUGAGCAGGGCUUUGUCUGGCCGGGGGACGACUGUCCCGAGCCUCCCGACCGCGGGGACGGCGAGUCCGACGGUGAGGCUGCAAGCUCCUUGAGCAUGGUGGGCGCAGGGAUUGGCUCUUCGGGCUAUUCGGGGGUUUCGGCUUUGGGCUCUUCGAGGGAUCUUGACUCCGUUGACGUUGAUGCAGACGGCCAGAGUGGUACAUGCACUACGAACAUGGGGCUUGCCUUUGUGCACGCCUUCAGCAGGUUGUCGCAACCCAGCGCCUCGCCUUCUUUGCUGUUGCCUUGGGAGACUCCCUUAAUGAAGACCAUUUUUGAGCCUUUGUCCGAGCCCCUGCCUGAGCUUAAGAAACCCUCUUUAGGCCUCGCCGACUUGUCCCCUCCCGAGUUUGCGAAGUAUCUGCCCGAUGCAAGUAGCAGUGCAAGUGCCGCGAAGCCUGUACAUCCUAGCCUCGACUUCAAGGCAGGCCACGCCGCCGAACAGGCCAUCAGAAUGCUUGACGACGAUGACUUCGAGAAGAAGCAGAUUAAGCUUAUGAACGCUUGUAUCGCAAAGUGGCAUGUCAUUGCUUUGAGGUAUUCGGACGUAUUUGAAUUGCCUCGGCCUUCGGACGAGGAGAUCUCGGCAAUGAUGGGCACUCGGUCAGUACAUACUGUGCUUGCCAGGGCAGGGUCCAUGCUCCAGUUCGUCAGGUGGUGUGACACGGUGCGUGGUAGCAGUGAUUCCAUGUUCACUGAUGAAGCCUACUGGGGCUAUCUGCAGUUCCUCAAGACGAGUCGUGCAAGUGCUUCGAGAGGAUCAUCUUUCCUCUCUGCAGUGAGGUUUGCUUGGCAUGUCAUGGAUCUCACAAAAAUCUGCGGCUCGCCGUCACGGCGAUGUGUGGGCCUUGCAGAACAAAUGUCUGCUGAAAGAGGCACGCUGCGCCAGUCGGCGCCUUUGUUAGUGCAACAGGUGCUGCAGCUGCACCACAUGCUGCGUAGUGGCCUUGUGUCCAAGCUUGAUAAGGCUUUUGUUGCAUACAUCUUGAUUUGCUUGUAUGCCCGUUGCAGACAGAGCGACCUGGCAAAAGUAUCCUACGUUGAAGUGGAUAUCUCAGAUUCAGGACUUGAGGGAUACGUCAUCUUUUACACGCGUCAGCACAAAACUGCGCGAGCUGCUCGAAGGUUGUCGCAAAUGCUGCCCAUCCUUAUGCCAGUCUGUGGCAUCGACGAUCAAGAGUGGUUCUUGACAGCGCGGCGUGCCAUGGAGGACAUAGGCCUUAGUCUGGAGGGAAACAUUGGUGGACCUGUGUUUCGGCCUCCGAUUGAUUUUGUCGAGGGUAGGCUGGCCCGGCGGGGAAUCACAUCAGAGGAAGUUUCUGCCUUCUUGAAGUUAGUUGUGCCGAGCCAUGACGGGGUCUCUCGCAUUGCAUCCCAGAGUCUCAAACGCACAAUGCUCGCUUGGUCGAGCAAGGCCGGCUUGUCUAGUGAGUCUAGGGCCAUUCUUGGCAGGCAUGCAAAAUCCGUUGAGAGCUCUGAGGCCAUUUGCAGUGUUGAGCUCGGGCUUCCAGCUGUGAAGCAGCUGGAAGGCAUCUUGAGGCAGGUGCGGGACAAAGAAUUUAGGCCGGAUGCGAGCCGUGCUGAUAUGUGGCGGUUCCCACCAUCGCCGCCAGCAGCCGUUGCUGGAGCCAAAGUGUCGUGUCAAGUCUGA